UCCACAGUAAGCCACAGAAGGCUUUCAACCUCUUUAGCGAAAUUGCGUUUUUUUGGCAGUGAAUAUUUUAUACAAAAUAAUGUAUUUAGCACUCUUAUUAUCUGGUAUUUUGUGCUUCAGCGUUACGGCUGUCCACAGUAAUCCGUGUGCCUCGCGACCCUGUCUUAACGCGGGGAUUUGUACGAGUUCCAAUGGAAUCACAUUCGAGUGUAAAUGUAACAAACUCUUCUUUGGUGAUCGGUGUGAGAAAUUAAACGAUGCCUGUAACAAUCACGCUUGUAAAAACAAUGCGGCGUGUCGGGCAGACGAACAUGGAGAUUAUCAUUGUGUUUGUCCCGCGGGAUACCAUGGAGAAUUUUGUGAAAUUGACUAUGAUGAUUGUUUGCCGUCGCCAUGCCAAAAUUCAGCUUCAUGCGAGGAUAAGGUAGAUGACUACGAAUGUAUAUGUCGUGAACCAGGAACGUUUGGAAAACACUGUGAAAUUCGUGAAAGCGAUCUUACAAAGUGUACCAAUAUGUGUCCAGAUGGUAGCAUUUGCUGGAGAAAUUAUACCACAACCCUGACUAUCCCGUGGGGGUAUGGUGAAAAUAUUUGCAACACUCAGCAUUCUUGCUUUGGCAAGCAAAAUAAAAGUCAUUUGGAUCACCAUGAUUACUUUAUAGAUGUACAAUUGCAUCCAGUGCAGAUGCAGUUAGGGGACUCGUUGAACUUUACAUCUGAUGACAGUUUUUCAGCUGCUGAAAAUGGUCUAAUGCCUAGACUUAUACCAGUUGAUGUUUACAAUGAUUCUAUGUCAUUUGUUAAUUGUAACACUACUAAUGGAACACAAUUAGCCACUACACCACAACAUCAUAUUAUUAUAAAUGACACUGACUUACUUCAUGUUGGUAUGCAUUAUUUUAUAAUGAAUAUUGAUUUCACAUAUCGUUGUGAUUUCGGCUUGCGGUUAAAUAUAAGUGUAAAGGAACAUGACUGUCAAAAUCCAUUAUCAGAUAACAGAGAAAUGUGUAGCAAUAGAGGAACAUGCCAUACAAAUUUUAACAUGGCCCAAUACAAAUGUCAGUGCUGUGGUGGAUUUCGGGGAAAGUAUUGUGAAAAGAGAGACUAUUGUUUCAGCAAUCCAUGUAAAAAUCAUGCUGAAUGUGUGAAUGUUGAAAAUGAACUUGGUGAGGACAAAUAUAAAUGCCGAUGCCAACCUGGGUAUGAAGGUAAACAUUGCUCCAUAGUCAAGAACAUGUGUCUUAGUCAUCCAUGCAGAAAUGAUGCAACAUGCUUUCCUCUGGUGAACUCUUACCGAUGUCAAUGCAGGCCAGGUUUUUCUGGUCCAAAUUGCCAGGUCAACAUUGACGAAUGUUCAACUCUACAGCCUUGUGAGAAUAAUGCAACAUGUGUUGAUAAGAUUGCUGACUUUUCUUGUGUUUGCCCAAGUGGAUUCACAGGUAGCCAUUGUGAAGUUAAUAUCAAUGAAUGUGCAUCCAAUCCAUGUGCAAGAGGAGUUUGUGUUGACCAAAUCAAUUCCUACUACUGCUCCUGCCCAGCUCAGUACACUGGAGUGGAUUGCAGUAUUCGUCUUAAUGAGUGUGCGUCCAAGCCCUGUUUACAUGGUGGUGCUUGUGUUGACAAGGUUACAGACUUUGAGUGUCAAUGUGGUUUAGGCUACGAAGGGAAAAUCUGUGAAAAAGAUAUUGAUCUUUGUAGCAAACCAGACAUUUGCAGUAAUUUUCACUCAUGCAUUGACCAAGGCAGUCAUGUAGUUUGCACAUGCAAGGCAGGUUUCACAGGAGCCAACUGUGGAGUAAAUAUUAAUGACUGUGCAUCACAGCCAUGUAAAUUUGGAGGUAAAUGUCAAGAUAGAGAAGGUGGAUUUACCUGCUUCUGUUUGCCAGGAUAUGAAGGAGAAGUUUGUGAUCAAGUCAAUGAUACUUUCCACGACACAUCAAGGUUACAUUUGAAUUUUGUGACUCAAGAUUGCUACAGCUUACAGGGAAAUCCUGGCAUUCUCUCAGAGUUCCAGAGCAAAAUUGCUGCCAGCGUCAGUUCUUCAUGUAAAUGUCCUUUCACUGAGAAUCACAUUCUUAAUCACAGCAUAAGCUUGAAAUGUCAUGACAAAAUCACCGGAUCUCUUUAUUUGCGAAUCACAAAUGUCGGAAAAUAUAGGGCUGAGGAUUUAAUAUGCAUCCAUCAACUUUAUUUGACGAACAAAAAGAAUGUAGCUAAUUUAGAUAACCUGACUCGUGAAGUUGGCGUUGUGUAUAAUCAGCGUAGAUGUUCUGAAAUAAAUGAAAUGUUGAAUAAAACAUCCGAAGGCAGUAACGGUGGUACAAUUGCAUUGACUAUUGGUCUUGUAUUGUCUCUUCUUGGGUUGUUUACUGCAUCAGUUGUUGUGUUCCUAAAAUGGAGGAAAAAAUCUAGGCCAGCAAAGAAGGAAAAGAGUGACGACAAAAAACUAGUGGAAUCAAUAAAUCUUGACUUGCUUUCAGCCGUUGCACCUACACCGAAGUCUUUGUACAGAACUAGUGGAGGAGCUCAUAAAAAUUAUGGAUACACAAGUCACAACUUUGAUCCUGUUGAUAUCAAGUCCAAACGUGUUUAGGAUUUUUCUGUAAACAUAGGCAUUAAAUGCAAAUGUAAAGCAUUUUCCAUUAGUCAUUAAUUACAUCAGGCGGCUCCUUUUCACUCUUUACCAGGCAUUAUUUAGUUGAAUCCACUGACGAAGUCUGUCAAAAGAAUACCGAUCAGUGUGAUAGUCGCUCUUAUAAUCUAUAGCCCAUGCAAACGAUAUUCCAGUAUACGUAACCACUUCUGAUAUCUUAUACUAUAAUCAACAAAACUAAAAAGGUAGCAUUGUGAUAUAGUGCGGAGGUUAAUGUGUUAAAAAAAAUAUACUGUAUAAAUAGAUAAUUUAUGAAUUUAACUUAACAUUUGUAUAAUAUUCAUAAUAAAAUGUGAAGCUUAGGC